GUCGAUCCUUAAUUCCUUACUUGAACUUCUUUUAUUCUAUCUACCUAGUACGCCUGAUCUACGAUCUCCGCUCGCAUUAUUGGCGCUGCGCUGUCCUUUGUCUGCAUCGAUGCGGCCCAUAAGACAUUCGAAUCGGCUCAUCUACGUCAAAAGUACCAGUCCUUAACACUGAACGUCCAACUAUCUUAGAAGAACAAUAAUCGCAAUAAAAUCCAAAGCAGGAUUGCUAGCCUCUAUGGAUAGACAGGUUCGAAUGGCCUCAAUCAAUUAUGAUGAGGUAGCAGUGAUGGACGAAGACACUAAGGGUGAAAGUCGCAAUAAUAGUGGCACCAUAUUUGGGAUGAUUGAGCGGUCGCCCCUCUCGAAGACCAGAAGUUUAUCGGACGGAGGUGGCACGCAAUUGUCACCAUCUCCCCACAUCCUCGAAGCAUCACGACGGACAUCAAAGGACGAUACCGAUAGCUCUCUCAGUCUCACUAAGGAUAAGAUCCAAGAUAUACCGGCCAUCGCCCCGACUCCCGUCACCCCUCGUCGACCCGAAUUUCCAAUGCGCGGUUUAUCACUUCAGAUGUCACAGUGCGAUUCCGUCUCUCCAUCCCAGACACCAAACCAGGUCAAACUCGCCCCUCUUUCACCGAAACUUGACCAUUCCCAAAUUUAUGCAUCCCCAACCAAUAUUCUUCCUAGACGAUCCCGCGGCUUAGAUUUCUCUAGAGCAGCUACCAGCCUACACCACUCCACCCUUGCCGAGCAAUCAUCACCUGAUUCAUCACCAACCAUUGGAGGACGCGCGAUGAGUAUUCCUAGACGAGGUAAUGGUGAAUUCGGACAAGAACAGUCCGUCAAUUCAUUGUGGUCUAUGAUGGGUAACCAUGAGCGUAUGAAUAUUUCCAGUUCGGUAGGAAGCACCAACCCGAUAGCCUCGGAUUCCUCUUCGACUUCCGGCGAUGACGACUUCAUGGAUGAGGAGAUGGAAGAUGCCAUUUAUAGUACACCGCAGAUUUCUAAGAACAGCCAACCCUUGGGCAACUUGAUGUCUAGCACCAGUAACAAUGUCGUCCCGUGGAUGCCUGGAUCAUCAUCUGCUAUUAACAGCCUUCAGAGCUUCCGAACGCGGCCCCGCAAGCAUCCGAGGAGAAAACUACGCGGUCCAACAGGACUAGGUUUUAGCACCGCAAGUCCAGCCGCAUUCUCCAAGUCACCACCUAACAAUAUCGCGAAGGAGAUCAGAGAUGUUCCUAUCCCUCAUGCACGCAGAGAAAGCAUCAGUUGGGCCGCCAAUCAAUUGCAUAUAUCAAGUAGCGAGAACGAAGAAAAGUCCAUGGAGACUGGAGAAGCGCUCUCGAGAGAUGGUCCUAGAGGUGUCGUCAAGCGUGCCGUCACGAGAAGGGGUAGCCUACUACCAAAGACGAAGGGGUUUGCGCGUAUCCGUGCCGCCCUCGCGGAGGAAAGCACCCCCGUAGAUUCGGAAGUUCGCCGAGAAGCAGAAGUGAUUCGACAAGUCCGAGAAAGCGACAUGGACCUUGAACCACGUAUACCGCCCGGCCCGACGCCGGCUUUAGAUAUCCCGAACCUAUCGACGGCGCAAUCGUCCCCCAACCUCAAUACUGCCCAAGAAUCCCUUGACGACAUUCCGGAAGAUGACAUGAUGACGGACUCGGGGUUGUCAGGUAGCUUCAAGCAGCAGGCGAUGAAAAACUUGAAGAAAAACUUCUUCGAAACAUUUUCCGAAACAGGCAGUGUGGGUGGUAAUCGAGUCACUCCUCCGCCUUCGUACUUCAUGCCUAGGGGUUCCUCGGCCGGAAUGAGUGAGGAUAUCAACAUGGAUUCGCCCUCAUUGUCCGCAGGUUCCAGUAACGUCAAUCCAUUCAACCUAGGUCCUAUCAGUGGGAUGACAAUCGGUGGCCCUGGAAGUGAGAGCCAGAAAUCAGAUACUCCACAGCCUGUUUCGGCACCACUGUCGCAAGGUGGAAGCAUUCCACCAACGGCAGCGGAGAUCACCCGUCGUAUAAACAACAAGCGCAGAAGAGACGACGACUUCGACCCGCACAGCUUCAAGAGAAGAGCUGUAAGCCCCGGAAUGAACAGUGUUCAUAACUCUCCAAUCACACAAAGUCCCUUACAGCGGGACAUGCCUUGGGGCUCUCGACCAGGAAGCAACCAUGGCGGAGAUAAAGCAUCAGGCACCCCAAGCGAGAACGGAAGUGCUGGUGGAAACGGAAGGCCCAUCAAUGGGGCCAAAGGUCGAGUGGGAUUUCAAGGGAUGGUCGAUACCAAUGACGGUCUGAUGCGCAUGAGCAUAGAGUGAUGCAGAUCAGGCUAUAUACAGCUAGCUAUAGCAGUACAUGCGCGCAUCUGCGAUGUGGAAAUGAUGAAAUGACAUGCGUCAGGGUUAUAGCAUUAGGAGUAUAUCGGACGGAGUUGUAGGUCUGAAAGACCUAGGUUGGCAAUUUCUUUCCACCGUCUAUUUUACCCAGCGGUUGUUACUAGAGCAGUGCUAAAUACCCUCAUGAUAUAUGAUCAAUAUCAAUUGCUUGCUUUCUU